UAUCAGCUGAGCUGCUAGGACAAGUGUAACCUCUGUAAAUAUUUAUUGUAAGUUUAUUGAAUUAAAAACACACAUACAUUAAUAUUUAUACUUUACAUCAAACGUUAACCUUGUGUCCUUAAAAGAUUAUUAUUAUGGCAGAAAUAUCGUGGCCUUGGCAGUAUAACUUUCCCCCAUUUUUUACCAUCCAGCCACACACGGAAACAAGAACGAAACAACUAGAGGCGUGGCAACAACUCAUAGCAGAAUACUCGCAAGCAACAAAACAAUCGACCAUAGACAUUAGAGAAUCACAGAACUGCCCACUUUUCAACAACACUAAAAUCAACAGAAAAUUAUCACAAGAAGCGAUAUUGACUAUAUUAGAGUAUAUGUCAAAAACUGGCAGAGCGGCUGCCGUGGACAAAAGUAAAAAUGUUUGGGAGAUAUAUUGGCAUUCGCUGGAUGAAUGGGGCAAUAUGAUAUACAAUUGGGCGAGCAGUAACGGGUUAAAUAAUGCAGUUUGUACGAUAUUCGAGUUGAGGGAAGGUGAAAACACUGUAGAUGAAGAAUUCCACGGACUAGACAUGAAUGUGUUAAUAAAGGCGUUGAAAUCACUACAAACGAAAGGCAAGUGUGAGCUCAUGGAAUUUGAUGACAAUCAAGGCGUCAAGUUUUUCUAGAAAAUUCUUAUAAUUAUAAGUUGAUAAAAGGCAUGUUGACGAUUUCUUGAAUUGUGUUUUAAGAGGCACCAUGUAUAUCAAAAAUGCGCAUGCAUUUAAGAGGCCGUAAUACUCGGGCCACACAUGUUUAUCGUUUACAUAAUCCUCCAUGCUGGAAAAGGCUUUCCUACAAAGCAUUUACAUUUUGAAUUUUUUAAACCAUAGUUUUAAGCAGUUCUUCUCUGCUAUCUCUACCUGCGAUUCCAUUAUUAAUUAGAUAAUUUCUUCAAGAUGAUUUCCUUUAAUCCACGUUCUUGGUUAAUUUUUAGUAACCAGAUAUGAACAUAGAUUUUUUUUACGAAAAUGGAAUCGUAGAUAAAUUUUAACCAUGACAGUCGAGGAGGGCCGCUAGUUAUUUCAUACAUUGGCAAUAUGCCUAAGAAAAAUAAGCACUAAUUACAAAGACUUAAGUUUUUUUUUUAAUGUAAAUAACUAAAUAUACAAUGAUAAAAAUAUACUGCAUUAUGACUGAUACGAAGACGAGGUGCUGACGAGACAAAAUUAACGAAAAAACACACGAAAAUGAACCAGAGAAACUGAACCUUACCUAAGUAACAAUGCGCCCAAUUCAAUUGUCUGGACGUGCAGAUUUCCUCACACAGAACUUAACUGCUAUAUUAUAGUAGAAAAAAAAUUGCUUGCAAUUUGUCACAAAAAGUCCAUGGAACAAAUGUUCCAUAAAAAUUUAUGGAACAAUAGAAGAUUUUUUUUUUUGUACAAUGCUUAAAUAUAUUUAAAAAAAAAGAUUUUCAUUUUUCAAAUUAUGUCUUUAAAAUUUACGAGACUCAAUAUGGCCUCUGACGCAAGUACUGAAAUAAACGCUCUUUAGAAAAUCACAUAAAUAAAAUGUACUGGACUGAACAAGAUAUACCUACUUUGACCAAACCACUACCUUGUGUACAUGUAUAUUUGCAAUUAAGUUUUGUCUUUGUAUCAACAUUAUUUACAGUUGUAAUUAUAGUACAUACAUACAUCCAAAAAAUAACGUCUGUAUCCCUUGCGUUGUAGACAGAGCCAACAGUCUUAAAAAGACUGAUGGGCCACGUUCAGCUGUUUGACUUAAUGAUAGAAUUGAGAUUCAAAUACUGACAGGUUGCUAGCCCAUCGCCUAAGAAGAAUCCCAAAUUUAUAAGCCUAUCCCAUAGUCGCCUUUUAAGACGGAGUGGUCCUAUUCUUUUUUUAUGGGUGCCGGGAACCACCGGAGUAUGGACAUGAUUACCUAUAUAUAAAAUGCCUCAAUGUUAGAUAAAAAUCAAAAUCGAAUAAACGAGACUUACUCUGCGUCAGUUGUUUAUAUAUCUAUCUUCUUAGAUAUGAACUGUUGGAUGCAUUUUGUUAAGUUAUUGAUAUUUUAAUGUUGCAAAUAUAUUGCUUAAUAUU